CGCGAUAGGUGGGAAGCUGUUGCAGAUAUGUGUGUAGGCCACUUGCGUUACAUUGGGCGCAAGCGCGAAUAUUGCGUGACGAUCCGCGUGGCGCGUGAGUUAGAACUUGUGAACAGCUUUUAGUCUGUCCCCGUCCCUUCAUCCGUUAUCGUCCACUUCCCUUCGUCAGCAUCAAGUCAAAGAAGUCAAAUAAAGAAGAGGACAUCUGGAUUCAAAGCACCACUGUUCAACCAAAAGAAGAUAAAAACAUGGUGGGCAUUGUGGAGGGUAAACAGAGGGAAGAAAAACAUACGAAGAGCCGGAUGUGAGGCAACUUCAGUGGAGUUGUGAACAUUAUUUUUUUCCAUCCACACGUGGAUCUUCCAAAUGGACGAGAUGAAUCAGAUCAAUCAGCGCCAAAGUUUGUCUUAGGGGAUUGUUCAUCGAAUUUGGGGUGAAGCUUUUGGGGGAAAAUGAAUGACAAAAGUACGAGCGUCUUGCGGAAGACGGAGGACAAGGAGAGAACAACAACGGCACAGAGACGCUGGAGAAUGUUGGCAAGAGCAUUGACACGAUCCCCUGAACCUCUCAUUGAACCUGAAGAUGUUAUAUCCGUUCGACGUUUUACAAAUUUCAAUCUUGUUAAACCAAAAAUUAUGGAUAAUGCACCGGUUGAUCCUAAAUCCACUUGGUACGAGUACUCCUGCGUUAUGGAUAACGAACUUUUUAUUGUACAAGUCCGAAGAAUUAACAAAACAUUCACAGCUAAUGAACUUAUUGGCUUCAACAAUACGGGUAAUGUCUGUGUCUGGCCCUCCGAGGAGUGUCUCGGUUAUUACUUGCUGAAGAAUCAGAGGAUAUGCCGGAAUAAAACAGUCUUGGAGUUGGGGGGUGGUAUGAGCUGUCUUGCUGGGGUACUCGUUGCCAAAUAUUGUGGCCCAUCCGGUGUUACAUUAACCGACGGAAAUGUCACAAGUGUCGACAACGUUAGGUGUAUCAUUGCCAGAAACAACAUGGCGGAUUUUGUUAAAUGCGGAGUGGUGCAGUGGGCCAGGGCAGCUAAUGUCCUCAGACAAGCUGCCAGUGGGCAUCGGGUGCAGACAUGGAGUCCCGAGACAGUGGACGAAUCACGAAGAACCGAGGGCUUGUACGACGUUAUUCUCAGCGCUGAUUGUUUAUUUUUCGACGAUGUACGUUUGGAUCUCGUGGAGACAAUCUAUGGUUGGCUUGCGGACGAUGGAAUUGCACUGAUAAUGGCACCAAGACGUGGUAUGACAUUCCAGAAAUUUGCGGAUGCUGCUGUUAAGCGGGGCUUUCUGGCCCGACAAAUUGAACGAUAUGAUGCUGACGUAUGGGCUAGACACCUGGAGCUCGGGGAUAAUUGUCAGGAGUACUGCCCUGAUAUACAUUAUCCAGUUUUACUGGAGUUAACGAAACAGAAGAAAAUACCACCGGGUUGAGACCGGAGGGCAUGAAGUUUCAUCAUUUUAUCAGGAACAAAUUGAAUAAAUGAAGAAGAGAUUUUUUUUUUCAUUUAAUUGUCGAGUGUUUAUUCACGUUUUAAUUGGACCUUUUGGGAACAAAGUAUCUCGAGUCCCUGAGAAUUAAUUCGAGACAGUUAAUAGCGUAAUUACCUGGAGUAAUGAUACAAAUUUGGAGAGAUGAGCACAAUCUCCGGCCUAUCAAAGAUUAAGGACAAAUUUAUCUCUCACUGAGAGAAAAAAUUAACUCUGAACGAAAAUUAUAUGUUCUACUCACUAGAUUUAUAGAAGUAAAUUUAAUCUUUUCAUUGAUAAUUGAAUUUUAAUUAUAGUAAUCAGAGAUAUUUCCACUGAGCCAAAAAUGUACUUAGAAUCAACGAUAGAAGACAAAUUGUCUUCUCCAAAGUAUUUUGUUUCAGUAAUAAUAUUGUUACAUUUUCAUUAUCAUUUGUUCCCGGGAAAUUAUGAGUGUUCAUUGAACAACGAUUUGACAAUUCAAUAUCAUUCCCUUGAUAGAACAGAAUCAUCGGAUAAUUCUUUGUAUAACAAAUGAAUUCACCGGAAAGUCAUACAUUUUUCACGAGGGCAAUUACUGCUGAUAAAAUUAUCUUAUUCAGGGAAUUUCCCCCUCGAAUACCUGGAUAAUUAAAUUCCAGAAGACAGUGAUUUGUUCACGGGAACAUAUAAUUUUUCUGAAGCGACAUGAGAACUAAUUCUUUCUCUCAAUAUGAGUUACUACGGCCUUUAACUACAUUUAUCACGUGGCCUCAUUUGAGAUAUCCGUAUUCUAAAUAUCGAAAGAAUCACACGCAGAGAAAUGACGCAGUUAAACAGAGUAAAUUUCUUCAUUUGAAAUUCUUCUAUUCAGUUUAUCUAUUUGUUCCCUUCUAAGUGUUCUAAUUGUAGAAUACGAAUGAUCCAUUAAUUCCAAGUUACGUUUAGUUAAUUUAAAUAAAAUAAUCCUCUGUGUGUCUUCAGUGACAAUGGAACGAGAGAAACAUCACUACCUUCUUUAGUUUACUUCUAUUAUUCCUUUUUAAUGAGUUUGUGAAUUUACAUGAUUGCGAUAAUUGCGAGAAAUAUGGGAAGAUCUGGAGUAAUUGUACACCUGACUUAUUCCACAUUCGGUCGAUUUUAGUAGCUGAUAAUGAGUAAAAUUUGAAGAGAGGAAGGAGAUAGUGGAGAGUAUAUUUUUUAAAUAGAAAAUUGUUGAAUAAAGAGUCGAAUAUAUUGAGGAAACUUUUGGGGAAUUCCAUCGAUGAGAGGAAUGAAAUAUUUAGAUUCUGUUGGAUAGGAGUGUGGGAUGAAAUGGACCGGUUUUUUCAUCAUUUCAUCUCACUGUGCCCCACGUCAGUUUCAAUUUAGAAUUGAUUUGUUUUUUGGGAGCGUUGGCUCAUUGUUUGUUAUUUCCAUAUUGAAUCCUGCAGCGGGAAAAAAUUGGAGGAAAAUUAUAUAACAAAAAAAUUAUGGCAAAGUUUGCUGUAGAAAAAUAACAUGAGAAAAACUUGUGACUUCUAUUCUUUCGACAUUAUUUCAUGGAAAUUUUUUCUAUUUUAUUAGGAAAUCGUUUUGCCAUCAGUCUUAAAAAUAAAUUAAUGUUUUAUGGAGGACAUCGUAUGACUCGUUCAGCGAUAAGCUGGUAUUUGUUGAUCCAAAAUAUACGGAUUCAUUGCUGUCAAAUUUCCUGCACCUCCACGGUAUUUUUUUUCGGAUAACGAUACGAAUAACGUGGAAACGGUCAAAAGUGAAAAUUUAUUGGACAGUUUUUCCUAAAAAUUAUCGUCCUCCAUUGCUAAAAAAUUCCACGACAUUGAAUAAUCGUUCACGCUCGUUGGUGUAAUUUUUUAUAUUAUUGGGGAUAAAUUUUACAAUUUCGAGAUAAAUUAACCUGUCGUGAAUCGCCGUUAAUGAGAGAAAUUCAUCAUUCAUCUCGGAUCCCUUAUUUAGCUCCGUAAUCACUUGAUUUGUCUGGUAAUUUUUCCCCAACGUUUUUUCUCACCGUGUGAUAAUUAUCCGAGUGAAAGAAAAACGAUCCCUUCGAAAGGACCAAUUCUAGUUAAGUCUAGUCAUAGAAUUAUAAAUAGUAUUCAACCAAUUAUAUCCCAAUGUCUAUUAUCAAAGAAAGAUUAUGUAAGAAUUACAGAGAAUGUUUACGAAUAAAUAAAUGAAAUUAUUUUGCA